CGGGCCUACAACGUCAGAGCGCGAGUCGCACGGCGCGCGCCGCCGGUUCGCGAUAAAAAAAUAAAAACAAAAAAAUACGCAAAAUGUAUAAAAAGUUGACAACAAAGUGUCACAGCUCAGUUGUCGUAGGCCGGUGUGCAUGUGUGCAUGUGAAUUUAUAAAUUCAAAUUAAGAAAGUUCUUAAUUUGAAUUACGUGUGUCUGAAAAUGAAGGCGUUUAUUGUUAUUAUUUGCUGUAUAGGUCUAAGUUAUGAAGCUGAAUGGAGUUAUGAAGGCGAGUAUCAAUGGCCCGGAGUAUGCAGCUCUGGUACUCAGCAGUCCCCUAUCGACAUAUCGACCCGGGACGCGGUGGUAGACCGCCACCAAGCUCACAUCCAGGGCCCUUUGGUCUUCCGGGGCUAUCAGCAGGUCACGACCACGGCACUCAACAAUGGACAUACCUUAAAGUGGUCUUCAGUUCCCGGAACACCGGCCCCUGUAUUGUCUGGUGGUCCCCUAAGAGGGAACUAUACCUUCCUCCAGUUUCAUCUUCAUUGGCUAUCUGAACACGCUAUCGACGGAUUCAAGUAUCCUUUGGAGAUCCACAUGGUACAUGUCAAGACUGGGCUAAACGUAGAGGAGGCUCUGGCGCGCCCUGAUGGAAUUACUGUUAUAGGGGUGCUUUGCGUGUUGAAAAGCGGGGCAGCAGCGGAACACGCUCUUGCUCAAAUUGUCCCUUCUCUACCUGAACUGACCUACCGUAUGGAUCCUGACAACCAAACCAUGGCUGAAAUCAUCGAUUUGUCCCGCCUUCUGAGCCCGGAGCCGCAGUCGUUCUAUACGUACCACGGCUCGCUGACCACGCCCCAGUGCCAGGAAGCCGUCACCUGGAUUGUAAUGGACAAGCCACUUGUGAUCUCUGAUAAUCAGUACAAACUGUUCAGCAAGAUUGACAUCGGCGGGAACACAUUCAACUACCGCGGCCUGCACCCCACCAACCGCAUCGUCUACCGCUCCAUGGCCUCCUGCGCUUCCAUCGCCUCUCCAACCUUCAUUGGUUUUCUUUUCUCCCUCAUCAUGUGCGCCAAAUCCAUCAUGGCGACCACGCUGACCAAAGGCGUCUGUAUUAUUACGAAUAUGAAGAGGAGACUUUUUGGAUUUAGCAUUAAGGAGUGCAGUAAGCUUGGCUGAUUUAAUGUUUUCAAGGUCUUUUCCCUUCAUAUUUUAAUAGCUUCCUAGGUAUUAUUUUACUUCCUUAUUCCCUUCUUCAUUGACCAUCGUUAUUCUGGUCAGUGUUAUAAUUUAUAGAAGAGAGUGUUCAAUUUGAUUCCAGUGUAAAAUAAGUUCGUGUGACUAGGCAUUAGGUAGACUAUGUCUGUUUAUUUGAUGUUUGUGGAAAAUCUGUGGCUGUAAAUAUAAAGAGAUUUAGUUUGAACGAACAGAUAUAUAUACCUAUAUGAAAACUUAUACAGUAUUUGAACUCCCUGGGUAAUUGUAAUGAUAAUGACAUACGUACAUAGGUGCGGUACCUACCUAUUAUCAUUGCAUUGUUGUGUCUUAAUGAAGAUAGUGAUGAACUUGGAAUAUUUAUAUAUGUGUUAGAUAAACAUCCAAUAUUCACAAUACAUCUGUUUUUAUCUACUAACAUACUAUUGUUUGUAAUACGCCAAAAGAAUAUAAGUAAAAAUUUAAUAUCAUUCUACUAAUCUUCAACUAAUCCAAAAUAUUAUACCAAAGUCUUAUACGAAAAGUAAUAAAGAUUGAUAAUUUGCAUAAUUAUCUGAAGUCAUAUAAGAGCUCAAUAAAAAUAAUUUAUGACAAUUAAUAACAAUCAAUAUUGUCAGAUCCGGUCAUAAAACAAUCAUGAUAUAAGUGGUUAAGUUGUAACUCACUGUUUUAUAGGCGCGACAGGCAAUUUAAGAUAGAAGGAAGUCUUAACAUACAUAAUACCUAUUCAGAUUACUUAGUCUGAAUGAAAAUGUAUAUAAAAUAUAACAAUAGAUGCAUUGUUAAUAUUUACACAUUAAUUUAAAAAAAAACAUUUAUUUCAGACAACACUGUUACAUAGGGUCCAUAUGUUCCAAAAAACUAAAACUAUGGCCUAAGCCUAUACUUAUAAAAUAAAUGGCCUCUUUGGCCCCCUAACUCCCUUUAAGUGUACUACAACAUGCCUGUUGAAUUGACAAUACCCAGUUAUACAAAAGCUAGUGAACAUUGAGGACUGUUGCUUCAAUUGUUAAAGUACCGUCAAUCGGGGUGAAUAGGGACGACUGGGGUGAAUGGAACUAUGAAUCAGAUUUUGUGCCUAUUCCCUUCAGCCAUCCCAAUCUACCCCGGGUGAUGAUAUUUAAAAUUAGCAACUAACACAAAUAAUGCCAAGUUUCAAGUUAAGCUUAGAGUAAAAUAACGAUAAAAUGUAUGAGUAAUAUUAUAAUUUAGCGUGCAAAAAACCUAGCUCAUAUAGCUUCAUUUUGAAUUACUUCUUUCCGAAAUAUCGUUUAUUUUUACAUAUAAGAUAUUUUUAGGGUUCCGUACUCAAAGGGUCAAACGGGACCCUAUUACUGAGACUCCGCUGUCCGUCCGUCCGUCGAACCGUGAUAGUUAGCCAGUCGAAAUGUCUACACAUUAUGUAUUUCUGUUGCCGCUACAACAACAAAUACUAAAAACAGAAUAAAAUAAAUAUUUCUUUCCAAUCUCGAGGUUCUCAUCCAAUCACCGCAGUUAAGCAACGUCGGGCGGGUUCAGUACUUGGAUGGGUGACCGUUUUUUAUAGAUAAUGGUACGGAACCCUUCCUGUGCGAACCCCACUCGCACUUGGUCGGUUUUUUUUAUUAUAUCCAUGUUGUAAAUUUAUUUUGCACGUGAUGUACGCAUGUACCAUGACGUCCAUGACAUUACAUUAUAGCAGAUUAAAAUUUAAGCUGCAUUAUUUGUCUAAUCAAUAAUUUAGAUGCAAUCUAUAUCUCAACAUCUAAUAAAUGUUGCGACUGAUGUCUAGUGAUAAAAAUAAUCCAAAUUUUAUUUAUGCCGAGUUGUUAAAAUAAUUUAUGAAUAAUUGUUAAGUUGUAAAUUAGUUAUCAUAUUGGCUGUGACAUUACUAUAUUUAUUAUUUUAAAGUAAGUAUAUUUAAUGCUGGAUUGUUUGUGUUAAAUCAGUUUACAGAUUGAGUAAUUCAAAUCGGCAAUUGGAAAUCACCACUACUUUGAUCUUAGGAGUCAUUCAUAAAGCUGUACAAAGACAGGCAUUUUUUUUUUAAAGAAAAUUAUCAUUUGAAUUGCUCAAUAAAUACCAUUAUUUGAAAUGCGGUAAAAGUUAACUAAUGCUAGCGGCUUAACUCGUUUAGGUUGCACUCGGUCUAUAUUUUGUUUGAUUUUAAUUAUCUAUAAAAUAGAUAUAAAUUCAGUUUGUUUGUAAGUGAUAAUGAAAAAUAAAAUGGCAACGAUAUAAAUGCAAAGUGCCAUAAAAUAAUAUGACAACAGAAAACCUAAGAUAUUUCAUAUCGGCAACCCAGUAAGUUACCUAUGUCAGCAUUAAACGAUAUAUUUUAAGUAAAUUAUACUUAAGUUUUCUAAGUUUGAGCAUUUCUUUUUAUCUUGAUAUAUCUAUGUUUGCUAAAUUUGGCAAAAAAUGUUUUGUACAAUAUUUUAUUUAUAAGGUUGUGUUUUGUCCUAGCAUAUUAAGAAAAUCAGUCAAUAAAUAAGUAUACGAACAUA